AUGGCAGACAGUGGGCAGUUCGUGGUCACCAUUGGUCUGACGAACAUCAACACCACGAGGCAAGAUCCCAUCAAUGUCACAUCCAGCAGAAAUUUGUUACCCUCUUGCCAUGUAUCCAGCUCCAGCAACAAUGAUGAUUUUGAGCUAUUGUGGAGACAUCGUAAAUAUUUGGUACUUCUUGGAGUCCUAGCAGUUGGUGUGACAUACAAUGCUGGAUUAACACCGCCAGGGGGAUCGUGGACACUAAACGUGGAUGGUCAUCUUGCUGGUGACCCUGUCAUGCAUGAUGGCUUUUCUGAACGAUAUAAGGUGUUCUUUUACUGCAAUGCAGCAGCCUUCGCUGCAUCUCUUGUCUUAAUCAUCUUGCUUCUCAGUAAGAGUGUGACAAGGAAGAGGAUGUGGCUCCACUCAAUGCAAUUAACCAUGAUACUAGACCUAUUCAGCCUGCUGGGGGCUUAUGCUGCCGGAAGUUUCAGGGCACUCAAAUCAUCCAUUUACAUCUGGGUUCUAGUCCUUGCUGUUAUCAUAUAUGUUGGGAUCCAUACCCUAGUAUCCACAAGGUUUAUUCCAAGAAAAUUGAAACGGAAUCUGCAGAACAUGAUAAAUACAGUUCUAAUCAAACGGGGUUUCCUUGUGAGGCAAGUGAGCAUCCCUUUAGAGAACGUUGAGGAGGCUCGCAAGUUCAUUUUGAUGCUUGUAACUUUUGCUGCUACUAUCACCUACCAAGCAGGAUUGAAUCCACCGGGCGGCUUUUGGGCUGAAAACAACCAUGGUUCUAAUAAGCUGCAUAUGGCCCUUCCUCUUUACAAUCAUCAUCCGGCUACUUCUGUUCUCAAAAGUAACUACCUUCGUCGUUAUAAUAUAUUUAUCACUUCCAAUUCAACUUCCUUCGUGACAUCUUUGGUCAUAAUCAUACUACUUCUGAGCCCAAAAUUGAGUGGACAUGGAAUAAGGACCAAAGCAAUGAUUGUAUGUGUGGUAGUGGACCUAUUGUGCCUAAUUGUUGCAUAUGCUGCAGGAUGUUGUAGAGAUGUAGCAACAUCAUUCUAUGUGGUGUUUAUCAUCGUCAUAGUUUGGAUCUCCUUUGCAAUUUUAGCUGGAUUCUUUGUUACCAGGCCUGUAGCAAAUUGGCUACAAAAGGUCAAAUCAAGCAGCCUGUGGUGUGUGAGAAAAUUGGGUCGUGCACUUUCAUUGAGCUUUCGUGGCCACAGAUCAAGCAAUGCAGAGCAGGACAAUUCUUACGCAAGCAAUCAUCAACCUUCAGUCCGUUCAACUGAUGCACCUGCAGAAGAUAAUACUCCUGAGCCACAAGACCAGCCUGCAGAGGAACUUCCAAAUAUCAGAGAGGAUGUGUCCUAUGAGGAGCAUGCACCUGCAGAAGAAAGAAAUCAUAUUUCAGAUGAUGAAGAGGCUGUGGAUAACUCACAGCAUCUGUCAGGGAACAGCCAGCAAUCAGCAAAUAUCCAGGAUGUUGCGUCCAACACAGAGUGCCAGUCUCCAGAUGUCCAGCGUGUUGCAAAAAUGGAUGAGGAUGUGUCCAGCUCACCGCAUCCUGCUGGGAACUGUCAACGAUCAGAACAUGGCAUGGGUGUCGUGUCUAACUGGGAGUAUGGGUCUACAGAAGGCAAGCAAGAUGCAAGUAUGGAGGCAGCUAAAUCUAGCACUGAGCAAGAGUAUGACCCAUUACUAAGCCAAACUGCAAAUAGCAUGUGCCGUGUGUCAGAUGACCAGAAAAUUGCAAGUAUGAAGGAGCAUUCUUCAGCUGAUGAUCCCGAGAUCACUGUUCCUUUACCCAAGCAAAAUAUCUCAGCCAGUCAGAGUAAUGGAGACACUAGUGAUGACAUAGUGGAUGAAGGGUUUUCUGAACAUGUGGGAGCCGCUGGUAAUGCGGACCGUGCUGAACAAAAUAUUGUGGUUGAAGCUGAUAAUCCUCGUACUGAGAUUCGUAUCAGUGAUAACUAUCCUACACAAUCUGAGAAUGGACAUAUUGACAGCAAUCAAGUAGUACCCAAUCAAAAUGCUGACGGCAUUCGAACUGAGAAGCAUCUGAAGAAGACCCGCACAUGUAUGUUGCUUCUUGCCAUUCUUGCAGUAUCUCUGGCAUACCAAUCAGGCCUGAAUCCACCAGGUGGAUUUUGGUCAAGACGUAAAGAUCAUCAUUCAGCUGCUGAUCGCAUCCUUGAGGACACCCACCAUCGCCGGUUCAUUGCAUUCUUCUAUCUCAAUGCAAUCGCCUUUGUGGCAUCCAUUGUCAUGAUCACUUUGCUCUUGAACAAGAUGGUGAGCGACAAGGUUACCAAAUGGCGUGCAUUGCCAAUAACAAUGAUAGUGGUCCUACUUUCCCUGACCGGAGCUUUUGCUUUGGGGAACUGCAGGGAGGCAAAGAAGACUAUUUUCAUAUCAGUGCUUGUAUGCAGUGUACUUGCUUAUGUUCUCAUUCAUGUCUUGAUAGCAGUACAUAUAAUUCCUCCAGGAUGGAGAAGGCAGGUGGCAGAGAUGCUAGAGCAGUCAGUUAGUCUUUUUUGCUCAGUGCCACGUCAAUCAGGCGACAACCAGACUGGGAGCGGUACUAGUGAGAAGGAGUUGGGAAGGCGGCGUAAUCUUCUAUUGACCAUUUCUAUUUUAGCUGUGACUGUCACAUACCAAGCUGGCAUGAACCCUCCAGGAGGUGUCUGGUCUGAUGACAAGCAUGCCACGGGAACUCCGGGCAAUCCAAUCCUUCAGGAUACCCAUCCAAAACGCUAUGAUGUGUUCUACUACUCAAAUUCAGUUUCAUUUGUGUCAUCUGUGGUCGUCACAAUAUUACUUGUGAAUAAGGAAUCCUGUGAGUAUGGAAUCAAGUCCUAUGCACUGCGAGUGUGUUUGGUGGCGGGCUUGCUUGGCCUCCUCAUUGCCUAUGUUGCAGGAAGUUGCAGAAAUAUUAAACAGUCCAUAUAUCUGAGCGCCAUUGCUAUGGGAGUUCUGGUCUCCCUUUUGAUUCAAGUUCUGCUCUCUUCGAUGCAUGAUACACUGGGAAAACCAUUGGCUAAGUGUCUAGGAUUUCUACACGAUCUUCUCUUCCAUGCAGAGGGUGAACAAGUAAACACUCUUGUGAGUCCAGAAGCUUCAGUUGACGUGAGGUCAGAAGCUUCAGUUGACGUGAGGCCAGAAGCUUCAGUUGUCGAAGAAGAAAAGGUGAGAAAGAGACACAAGUAUCUGAUGCUUCUUGCAAUUUUAGCGGCAUCGAUCGCAUACCAAGCUGGUCUGAACCCACCUGGUGGAUUUUGGUCUGAUGAUAAGGACCAUGUACCAGGCAAUCCCGUCCUUCGUGAUAUUAAUCACCGACGGUACAAGAUCUUCUUCUGGUUCAAUUCUUUCGCAUUCAUGGCAUCCAUUGUCGUCAUCAUGCUGCUGCUGAAUAAAUCUAUCAGGAAGAAGGCUGUGUCACUUGGGGUAUUGCACUUGAUCAUGAUAUUGGAUAUGCUGGCUCUCAUGACAGCUUUUGCUGCGGGAAGCUGCCGCAAAUUGAGGACUUCAGUGUAUGUCUAUGCACUAGUUGGCGGUGUUGUAGUAAUCCUGCUGCUCCUAAUUAUUGUGACAAGUGCAAUUGCAAAAUAUCGGAAGCCAAGAGAGGGAGGUGGGACUAACUCCCCGAGACGUCCUGAACCUGUUUCAGGAGCAAACACACCGGCAUGA